AUGAGGAGCUGUAAUCAGAGCAGUGUGUCUGAAUUCCUCCUUCUGGGACUUCCCAUCCAGCCAGAGCGACAAGGCAUAUAUUACGCCCUGUUUCUGGGCAUGUACCUCAGCACAGUGCUGGGGAACCUGCUGAUUAUCCUGCUCAUCAGGCUGGACUCUCGCCUUCACACCCCCAUGUACUUCUUCCUCAGCCAUUUGGCUCUCACUGAUAUCUCUUUCUCAACAGUCACAGCCCCCAAAAUGCUGAUAAACAUGCAGAUACACAGCCAAUCCAUUUCAUAUGCUGGCUGCAUUUCCCAAGUGUAUUUUUUCUUAUUCUUUGCAGAUAUUGACAGUUUCCUUCUCACUUCAAUGGCCUAUGACAGGUAUGUGGCCAUUUGUCACCCCCUCCACUACACCACCAUCAUGAGUCAGAGCCUGUGUUUCCUGCUAGUAAUCAUGUCCUGGGUUUUAUCCUUUGCCAGCGCUCUAUUGCACACCCUGCUCCUGACUCGUCUCUCUUUCUGUGGAGAAAACACUCUCGCCCACUUCUUCUGUGACCUUUCUGCCUUACUUAAGUUAUCCAGCUCAGACACCACAAUCAAUGAACUGGUUAUUCUUACUGUGGGGGUGGUGGUCAUUACCCUUCCUUUCAUAUGCAUCCUGGUCUCUUAUGGCCACAUUGGGGCCACCAUCCUGAGAGUUCCCUCCACUAAGGGGAUCUGUAAAGCCUUGUCCACCUGUGGUUCCCACCUAACUGUGGUGUCUCUAUACUAUGGGGCUAUUAUUGGAUUGUACUUUUUUCCUUCACUCAGUAACUCCAAUGACAAAGAUGUCAUUGUGGCUGUAUUAUACACUCUGGUUACUCCCAUGCUAAAUCCCUUUAUCUAUAGUCUGAGGAACCGGGACAUGAAAGGAGCUCUGGGAAAUAUACUCAGUAGAAGAACACUUUCACCAUAG